AUGAUUGACAACGAACUACGACAGCUGAAAGAAUCUUUGACUGGAAACGCUUAUCCCGAUGCGUUUAUCGAAAAGCACAGCAAGCCUAAAUUGAUCAGACAAACGAAUUGUUCAGCAGAAAAACUACUAGUCACCAUUUGUCUUCCAUUCAAACGUGAUGACAUCAAUUGCUUGCUCAAACGACCACUUGGAUCAGCGCUUGCCCAAAACAAAUAUUAUGCACCUGACCUCAGAAUUAUUCAUCGAGCGAUUGAGAUCCCCACACCCUCGGUGAAACAACGUCCACCUCUGUACACCAAAUCGAAUCUGAUUUACCAAUUUCAGUGUAGUUGCGGAGCAACCUACGUGGGUCGAACAGAGCGCCAGUUACGUAACCGAGUGAUUGAAUAUAUUCCAAAUUGGGUACAACGUUUUGUGAUGCAAUCAGGGUCAGAUCAAAGGCAUAAUGACAACGUUCGAAACCAUAAGAUCCCGUCGUCGGCUGUCGGCCGUCGGCCGUCGGCCGUCGCUCGUCAUCUUCUGAUGACGCAACAUCCAGCUGACCGAACCACUGCGUUUCGGGUCAUUUACGUGGCAAAGAAUACCAGGCUUUUGAGACAAAUUGACGGUGUCGCAAUUGGAACUCCAUUGAGCCCCAUUCCGGCACAUAUGUUUUUGGCUCAUCUUGAGGAAAAGGCGAGCAAAAUCCUCGAACGUUCACAACUUUACAAACGAUACGUUGAUCAUGUUCUAGUCAUCACAAUAAGUCUAGAAGAGACAACAUGGAUUAUGGAUAAACUCGAUCGCCUGCAUCCGAAUAUACGAUUUACGAUGGAAACAGAAAUCGAAGAUACACUGCACUUCCUCGACAUUAAAAUGACUAGGAAUAAUGAUGGAACAAUGGCCAGAUCUGUUUACCGAAAAGAAACUUGGACAGGCCAAUGCUUGCAAUUUGACAGCUUUGUGUCUGUGGAAUAUGAACGUGGUCUGGUCCGAACACUAUUUCAAACAGCACGACAUAUCUGCACAUAA